AUGGCGAUUGAAAACGGCGAAUAUGGGGCAUCAAGCGGGCCGAUUGAAGUGUUAGAUCAUAAAACUUUACGACUGAAUAAUUUCUCGUUGGACGGAUCAAAACCACCUGAUGCUUGGAUUUACCUCGGGAAGGGUAAAAUUGAUACAUCGACUGGACAAAAAGCGCUCGUUGUUGGAAGGGAUACGAAUUGGAAACACUGCGCAAUUCACGAAGAUCUGAAAAAUCGUCGUGUCGAGAUCCGAUUGAAGGGAAAUCAGACGGUCUACGAUGUGAACUACCUAUCGAUUUUCUGUUAUCAGUACAGUGUCGAUUUCGGGAAUAUUCGUUUCGUGAUUGAUCCCGUUGGAGUUGCUUGUGGAACUUCGUACAACUCGGCGAUUGCUUGCAGACAAAUCAUGACGUUAACGGAACUGCCCGUUGUUCUUGAACUUGCCUCAGAUUUUCUUGACAGACAAGCUCCAAUCUUCCGUGAUGACGUUUGCUUCUUUAUCUUUCAAUCUAGUGAAACAGCGGACACUUUGAUGGCGCUUCGCCCCGAGGAGCGUUGCUUAUUGGAGUCACUAACACUGUUGGAUCGUCAAUUUGUCGUGAAUCCCAUUGUGGAACUCACAUCAAUGCUGGACCAGAGAUUGGAGUUGCUUCCACAAAAGCCUACAGCUCGCAAAUCCUGUCAUAGAUCAGAGGUCGCUCCUUUGAAGCGUAUCACUGGUGAGGAUGGCCCGAUCCCUUCUUGUACCUGUUCGUGCAGUCGACCAAAGAAUCGCAAAGAUGCACCAAAGAAAACUUUGCGGUGUGAUGUCUACACAAUGAAGAAGUUGAAGGAAAAGAAAGCCCCGUCGGGGCUAGCCAGUCAAUCAUCCAACUCUGACUCCGAGCCCAAGAAGAAGAUGGUCACUAAGGAUGUUCGCAAGGUGCACAAGAAGGCCGCAGAAAAGGGAAAGGAAAAGAAGAUGUCAUCCUCCUCAAAGAAGAAGGAAAGCAACAACUCGAAGAGCUCCGUCAAAGAGAAAGGAAAGAAGAAAACUGUGAAACGAGCCUGUGCCAAGACUCCAGUUUCUGUCCCGGGAGCUUCAAACAAGCGGCAACGCAAGGACAACUCUCUUCAGCCUGCCAUUCAUCAUGAAGAUGUAGCCCUUAUGGAUAUGGAUGCAGAAACACUGGUACAGAUUGGUCGUGAUUACGGAAUUGAGCAAAAACUUCUCAAGGGAGAUGUUACAAAGGACCGCUAUGAUGUUGUAAUCCAGAUUCCGAACAACCUGAUUACUGCGCCUCUUUCACCCGAAAUGAAAGCAAACGCUGUUGGAAUCGAUCUUGGAACGACCUACUCGUGUGUCGGAGUCUUCAUGCACGGCAAAGUGGAAAUCAUUGCCAAUGAUCAAGGAAACCGAACAACACCUUCGUAUGUGGCCUUCACUGAGUCGGAGCGUCUGGUCGGCGAUGCCGCUAAAAAUCAAGUGGCAAUGAAACCACACAACAUUGUUUUUGAUGCGAAACGUCUCAUCGGUCGCAAGUUCGAUGACCCAGUUGUUCAAUCAGAUAUGAAGCACUGGCCCUUCAAAGUCGUCUCGGGCGAAGGCGAGGUCUCUUCGAUGGUGCUCCUCAAGAUGAAGGAAACCGCCGAAGCCUUCCUGGGACAGACGGUCACGGAUGCCAUCGUCACCGUCCCGGUUUACUUCAAUGACUCUCAACGACGGGCCACCAAGGAUGCCGGCACCAUUGCUGGAUUGAACGUGCUCCGAAUCAUCAAUGAGCCCAUUGCUGCCGCCAUCGCUUAUGGAUUGGACAAGAAGGCCGCUGGCGAGCGAAAUGUUCUCAUCUUCGAUCUUGGAGGCGGUACCUUCGAUGUGUCGAUCUUUACCAUUGAAGAUGGAAUCUUCGAAGUCAAGUCUACGGCUGGAGACACUCAUCUUGGAGGAGAGGACUUUGACAACCGAAUGGAGCUGCUCUCCGACUUCUUCUCUGGCAAGGAACUCAAGAAAUCGGUCAAUCCCGAUGAGGCUGUUGCUUAUGGGGCUGCUGUUCAGGCUGCUAUUUUGUCUAAAAUGAGACACUUGACCACCCGGCUACCCGUGCUUGUCGUCCCAAAUCCAUUCAUUGUCCCUGGUGGCUUCUUUCCAGUUUACUUCUACUGGGACUCGUAUUGGAUCAUAAAAGUACAGUGCUUUCGGAAGAGUGAUUUCGUGGAUGAUUUGAGAUUUUGCUUGGGAUUCGAGAGGGAAGCGGAAUUCGUGUAUUUCUUUGUGAAACGAUUGAAAAAG